CUCCAUGGCUGAUGAGCUGGCCGGGCACUUUCAAAAUGGCGGAGUGUGGAGCAAGCGGCAGCGGGAGCAGCGGGGACAGUCUGGACAAGAGCAUCACGCUGCCCCCCGACGAGAUCUUCCGCAAUCUGGAGAACGCCAAGCGCUUCGCCAUCGACAUAGGCGGGUCGCUAACCAAGCUGGCCUACUAUUCAACAGUGCAGCACAAAGUCGCCAAGGUGCGGUCUUUCGACCACUCGGGAAAGGACACAGAACGUGAUCACGAGCCGCCCUACGAGAUCUCAGUUCAAGAAGAGAUCACUGCUCGACUGCACUUCAUUAAGUUUGAGAAUACCUACAUCGAAGCCUGCCUGGACUUCAUCAAAGACCAUCUCGUCAACACAGAGACCAAGGUCAUCCAGGCGACCGGGGGCGGGGCCUACAAGUUCAAAGACCUCAUCGAAGAGAAGCUGCGGCUGAAAGUCGACAAGGAGGAUGUGAUGACAUGCCUGAUUAAGGGGUGCAACUUUGUGCUCAAGAACAUCCCCCACGAGGCCUUCGUGUACCAGAAGGAUUCCGACCCUGAGUUCCGGUUCCAGACCAACCACCCCCACAUUUUCCCCUAUCUUCUUGUCAAUAUUGGCUCUGGAGUCUCCAUUGUGAAGGUGGAGACGGAGGACAGGUUCGAGUGGGUCGGCGGCAGCUCCAUCGGAGGCGGCACCUUCUGGGGGCUCGGGGCUCUGCUCACCAAAACGAAGAAGUUUGACGAACUCCUGCACCUGGCCUCGAGGGGCCAGCACAGCAACGUGGACAUGCUGGUGCGGGACGUCUACGGUGGUGCCCACCAGACACUCGGGCUGAGCGGCAACCUCAUCGCCAGCAGCUUCGGGAAGUCAGCCACCGCCGACCAAGAGUUCUCCAAGGAAGACAUGGCCAAGAGCCUGCUGCACAUGAUCAGCAACGACAUUGGGCAGCUGGCCUGUCUCCAUGCGCGGCUGCACAGCCUGGACCGCGUGUACUUUGGAGGCUUCUUCAUCAGGGGCCACCCCGUGACCAUGCGCACCAUCACCUACAGCAUCAACUUCUUCUCCAAGGGGGAAGUGCAGGCGCUGUUUCUGAGGCACGAAGGCUACCUGGGAGCCAUCGGAGCGUUCCUGAAAGGAGCCGAGCAGGACAAUCCCAACCAGUACAGCUGGGGAGAGAACUAUGCAGGCAGCUCCGGGUUGAUGAGCACAUCACCAGAGCUCGGCCCAGCGCAGCGGGCACGGAGCGGCACCUUUGACUUGCUGGAAAUGGACCGGCUGGAGAGGCCACUGGUCAACCUGCCGCUCCUCCUGGACCCGCCCUCCUAUGUGCCCGACACGGUGGACCUCACCGACGACGCUCUGGCCCGAAAAUACUGGCUCACCUGCUUCGAGGAGGCCCUGGACGGGGUAGUGAAGCGCGCAGUGGCGAGCCAGCCAGACUCCGUGGAUGCAGCUGAGAGGGCAGAGAAGUUCCGACAGAAGUACUGGAACAAGCUUCAGACCCUGAGACAGCAGCCCUUCGCCUAUGGGACCCUGACCGUGCGCAGCCUGCUGGACACCAGGGAGCACUGUCUGAACGAGUUCAACUUCCCAGACCCCUACUCCAAAGUGAAGCAGCGGGAGAAUGGCGUGGCACUGAGGUGCUUCCCCGGGGUCGUGCGCUCCCUGGACACGCUGGGCUGGGAGGAGCGGCAGCUGGCGCUGGUGAAAGGCCUCCUGGCGGGGAACGUCUUCGACUGGGGGGCCAAAGCCGUGUCUGAUGUCCUUGAAUCCGACCCCUACUUUGGGUUUGAAGAAGCAAAGAGGAAGUUACAAGAAAGACCGUGGCUCGUGGAUUCCUACAGCGAGUGGCUUCAGAGGUUAAAGGGGCCCCCUCAUAAAUGUGCCUUAAUUUUCGCAGAUAACAGUGGAAUAGACAUCAUUUUGGGAGUCUUCCCCUUUGUCAGGGAGCUACUCCUUAGAGGGACUGAGGUCAUCCUGGCGUGCAACUCAGGCCCCGCCCUGAACGACGUGACCCACAGCGAGUCUCUCAUCGUGGCAGAGCGCAUCGCGGGCAUGGACCCUGUCGUGCACUCCGCGCUCCGGGAAGAGAGGCUGCUGCUGGUGCAGACGGGCUCCAGCUCCCCGUGCCUCGACCUCAGCCGCCUGGAUAAGGGGCUGGCCGCACUGGUGCGGGAGCGUGGCGCGGACCUGGUGGUCAUCGAGGGCAUGGGCCGUGCUGUCCACACCAACUACCACGCGGCCCUGUGCUGUGAGAGCCUCAAGCUGGCCGUCAUCAAGAACGCGUGGCUGGCCGAGCGGCUGGGCGGCCGGCUCUUCAGCGUCAUCUUCAAGUAUGAGGUCCCGGCCGAGUGAGGCACUGCGGCCGCCGGAUGGUUCCGCUUGUCACUUGUCAGGAAUGUGUUUUUGCCACCACAGGGAAACUACGUUCAAAUCAACAUAUUUAUAUCGCACUACCGUGACACGGCACGUACGCCGCAGCCCGCACGGAUGCGUGUGGCCGAGAGGCGCGAUGCAGCUUUGUCCUGGGAGACGUUCGCAUUGGAAUCUAUUUAACUGCUAAAGAACCUUUUAUAUAUAUGUAUAAAUAGAGAGAUCUAUCCAGGUAUGUCUGACGGGACGCAGCGCCGUGGGCAUGCACCAAAUAGAGUUUUUAAAAGAGGC